GGCCAGCAAGAAGUGGCCACUUGGCCCCCGGGGGCUUCCUAGGCUGGGCCGGGGCUGGAGGUGGCGGCUGCCGCCUGACACCCCCUCCUCCUCCCCUACAGCCGAGUGACCCCAGCUGCCUGAUCUCCUUAGGCCAGGCCUGGGGCCACCCACCCACUCGUGAGGACAGGGGCUGGCUUAUCUCACACGGCCCUGUUAACUCCUCCGCGGGCACGCAGGAAGUUGGGGGUGGGGGUCCAGCCAGGCAGGAAGCCCGAGGUCAGCCGGCCACAACCCAGAGAAGCGAGCACCCAGCCUCACCAACAUGUGGGUAUUCUUGCUGCUGUGGCCUCUGGCCCUGGGGUUCAGCCUGGGUGACACCCAGACCCCCAUCGGCUAUGAGGAGGUGGGGAGCGCGGCAGAAGGCGAUGACAGCACACCGAGGCCCCACCCCCGCGGCUUCCCCGGCCAGCCCUGUACCAACGACAGCAACACUCUGGAGCUCCCUGCCAACUCUCGGGCCCUGCUUCUGGGCUGGGUGCCCACGAGGCUGGUGCCUGCACUCUACGGGCUGGCCCUGGCAGUGGGGCUGCCCGCCAACAGCCUGGCGCUGUGGGUGCUGGCCACGCAGGUGCCCCGACUGCCCUCCACCGUGAUGCUGAUGAACCUGGCGGCCGCUGACCUGCUGCUGGCGCUGGCGCUGCCGCCACGGAUCGCCUACCACCUGCGGGGCCAGCGCUGGCCCUUCGGCGAGGCCGCCUGCCGCCUGGACACAGCCGCGCUCUACGGCCACCUGUACGGCUCCCUGUUGCUGCUGGCCGCGGUCAGCCUGGACCGCUACCUGGCCGUAGUGCACCCGCUGCGGGCCCGCACCCUGCGAGGCCAGCGCCUGGCCGGCGGGCUCUGCAUCACGGCCUGGCUGGCGGCAGCUGCCCUGGCGAUGCCCCUGGCGCUGCAGCAGCAGACCUUCCGGCUGGCACGCUCCGACCACGUGCUGUGCCACGACGUGCUGCCCACAGGCGCCCAGGCCUCCUACUGGCGGCCCGCCUUCAUCUGCCUGGCGGGGUUUGGCUGCUUCCUGCCGCUGCUGGCCAUGGUGCUGAGCUACGGGGCCACUCUACGCACGCUGGCGGCUGGGGGCCGGCGCUACGGCCACGCGCUGCGGCUGACCGCGCUGGUGCUGGCCUCCGCCGUGGCCCUCUUCGCGCCCAGCAACGUGCUGCUGCUGCUGCACUUCUCAAACCCCGGCCCUGACGCCUGGGGGGACCUGUACGCCGCCUACGUGCCCAGCCUGGCACUCAGCACCCUCAACAGCUGUGUGGACCCCUUCAUCUAUUAUUUCGUGUCUGCCGAGUUCAGGAGCAAGGUGCAGGAGGGCUUGCUCCGCCGGGCACCUGGCACCACCACGGCCUCCAGGGAGCGGGGCAGCCGGGCGACGGGGACCCGGUCCUCCUCGCUCGUGUGACAGGCCCGUCACAGGCUGGAUGAACAGGAAGGGAGUCGUUCUGGGUUGAAUAGGGUCCCCUCCAGAUUCACAUCCAUUGGGAACCUCCCAAGGUGAGCUUAUUCGGAAACAGGGUCUUGGCAGGUGUGAUUAGCUAGAAUGAGGUCACACUGGAGUACAGGGUGGGCCCUAAAUCUGAUGUGACUGGUGUCCUUACAAGAGGAGGAUGCAGAGACACACGGGAAGAAGAAGGCCACUUGACAGUGGAGGCAGAGGUGGGGUGAUGUGGCCACAAGCCACAGACUGCUGGCAGCGACUACAAGCAGCCAGGGGAGCAGCCUGGGAUAGUCUCCCUCGGAGCCCCUGGAGGGAGCCAGUGCUGCCUACACCUUAAUCUCGGGCUUCUAGCCUCCCGAACUGCCAGAGAAUAAACUGAAGUUUGAAGUCACCUGGUUUGUGGUACUGAGUUAUGGAAGGCCCAGGAAAAGAUGGGGAUUCAAUGUAGGUUCCUGGGUCUGACCAGUUCCCCUGUGACCGAGUCCAAGGUAGGGAUGAGGUGAGGCUGAUGAUGCCUCAAGGCCUGCUGUAGGACCCCACCCAGGAGGAGGCUUGGGCCCCCGACACCCCCGGGGGCCAAGGCAGCUGGGAGCCCUGUUGGCUGUCCUUCUCAUUCCCAGAAGCCAGGCCCUGGCUUGGGGAUGGGCUUUAUGGCUCUGAGCCUCCCCCCUCAGCCCCCCAAAGCCUGGUGCAACCCAUCUUUGGGAGCCACGGGGCUCAGCCUCCGUGAUCCUGGUUACCAGACACCACCUCCUGCUCCUCACCUGUGGUCUGACCCCUCUUCCGUCAGCUCCCCUGUGGAGCGGGUGGAUGGGGCAACAGGGGGAUUUAGGGUGUGCACCCAGGUUCAGGGGGCUGCAGCUUUGCAAACCCCACCCCCAACCACUCGAAGGCUGGUUUGAAUCGAGUUGGGGGACACCACGUGCAGAGGGGUGACUGUAGCCCCAGACACACACACACACACACACACACACCCUGCUGCUCCCCACCCGGACGGGCAGCACGGAGCACGGUGUCGGGAGCCCCUGAGGCAUCAGCUGUGGGGUAAGUAAGCCAUGCCCAGAGGCAGGGGGCAUGGGCACCACUUCUGGGCUCCCCACUGAGCUCAUGUGGGGUCUGGAGAAGACUGCCCAGCCCCAGGACACACACACACGUGCUCACCCACAUAAGAGGGAGCCUGGGGCCGUGUGAGUAAGGCCAAUGUCACUAACCUGGUGUGAUGACGUACUGGAGUAUCCCAAGAUGCUACCAUUGGGGGAAGUUGGGUACCUGAGACCUCUCUCUGUUGCUAUGUUGUUGUUGUUUAGUCGCCCAGUCAUGUGUCACUCUUUGCCACCCCGUGGACUGUAGCCCGCCAGGAUUCUCUGUUCAUGGGAUUUCCCAGGCAAGAACACUGGAGUGGGUUGCCAUUUCCUUCUCCAGGGGAUCUUCCUGACCCAAGGAUAGAACCCACAUCUCCUGUAUUGACAGGCAGGUUCUAAGCCCCCAUAUUGGAAUGAUUCUGUACAAAUGCACUGAAUUUAUGAUUAUCUUGGGGUUCAGGUGUUCCAAAGCCUUGU